AUGGCAUGCUUGUCUUCCAUUGCUGAUAUAACAGUAUCAUCAACAGCAUCAUCAAUCCAGGGUAAUCUGAGUUUUGUGGAGGCUGAGCUGGAUGCACGGUAUCUCGAAUUGUGCAAGCUUACUCUCCCAGAGAAGUGUGAAUUGGGAGUAAAGGACAGCAGUGAGGAGGAGAAAGAGGAGACGAAGGCUGUAGACAUGAUCACUGAACCAAACGUGGAAGCCGACAAGGGUAAAGCUGUAACAAUCACAUGCUCUAUCAAGUUUGCCCCAAAGAGCUGUCCAUAUCUCACAGCCAAGGAACUAGAUAACCUCCUUUGUUCACCAAAGGGUCUACCUGCCUUACUGUUGGGUUCAGAGUUUGUGGUUGAUUCUUCUUUGGAUAUUUAA